UAAAGUAACUAUAUUCAUUCGUAUUUACAUAACAUUGUAGUAUCAGUAAAUUUAAAUAGGUUCCGAUAUAAAGACCAAAGUACGGGGCUCUUCAAUUCAUAUUAUCUUGACAGUUUAGACAGUGCAGAUGGAAAUAAUUAAGUGAACAAUAAUUGUGAAUUAAAAUUUAAAUAUUUGACAAUGGCUCCAAAAGAAGUGGAUUAUAUUGAAUGGGCCAAUCAAAAAGCGGCUGAUAAAAAAACUCAUGUAAGUUUCCCGCAGUUGAAGUACCCUUCGCUAAGGGAUGGAGGGUUUAGAGAUCCCAUACAAUGGUUGGAAGGAAAAGCCCUAGACGAUGGGGCUGAAGGCUUAUGGAGAGUAUAUGAUGGGAUUUAUGAUUUUACCGAAUUUCAAGACAAACAUCCCGGUGGCGUGGAAUGGUUCGAGCUUUCUAAGGGUACUGAUAUUACUGAAGCUUUCGAAAGCCACCACUUAAAUCCCGUCGUAGAAAAAAUGAUAGAAAAAUAUUACAUCAGAGACGCGAAAACACCAAGAAACUCACCGUUUACUUUUAAAGAAGACGGCUUUUACAAAACUUUGAAACGCGCCGUAAGAGAAGAGCUUAAGAAAAUUCCUCCAACUGAAUCAAAACGAACAAAUUUGAUUAUGGAUGGACUUCUAGCAACACUUUUGACGGCAUCAGUUGUUGCUUGUUGGAGUACUAAUUACUGGGUUUCUAUGGUGUCUUAUUUGAUAGCUGCCUUGAGUUUGGCCUGGUGCACUGUUGCUUCUCAUAACUACAUUCAUAUGAAGUCUAACUGGAGGAUGUAUUUGUUCAAUCUUAGCAUGUGGUCUUACAGAGAUUUCAGAGUAUCUCACGCUCUUUCUCAUCACCUGUAUCCGAACACGUUGAUGGAUUUAGAAGUUAGCGCUGUGGAGCCAAUGCUUUUGUGGAAUCCGAGAAAGAAGCCUUUUUACACAAACUUGACGAUCGUCAUUGAAAUCGCUAUCUUCCCUUUCAUGUUCUUCAUCAACUUUGCCAAGAGGUUCAUCAGCAACUUUGUUCGCAAGGACUUCUUUACUCGCCACUACAAAUGGCACGACGGUGUUGGUUUCCUCCUACCUCUUUGGAUGUUCAUCAUCAGUGGGACAACUUUCUACCACGCUGUGUACACGUGGCUUUGGAUCGUCUGUACUGCCAGUCUUAUCUUCUAUACUAUUGGAUCUAACGCAGCCCAUCACCAUCCUAACAUUUUCAAAGAUGGGGAUCAAGUUAGGGAAUCGACUGUCGACUGGGGCAUGCAUGAACUGGAGGCUGUUAUGGAUAGAACCGACAUAAACGGGAACCUCUUUAAAGUAAUGACGUUCUUUGGUGACCACGCUUUGCAUCAUUUGUUCCCGACGUUGGACCAUGCUCUGUUAGAACAUUUGUAUCCAGUUUUCCUCGAGCAUUGUGAAAAGUUCAAGGCCAAUUUCCGAAUGACGUCAUCGUUUGACCUUUUCGUUGGUCAGUUGAAAAUGGCAAUAAAACAAAAUCCUAACGUUCUGAAAGACUCGAAGUAAAUUUUAAAAUGAACUGUUACAUUUGGGAAUAAAUGACUUUUAUUUUAUGUUAAAAGGUAUCAAA